AUGCCUCGACGAAGAAGAGCAGACUCAGAUUCAGACCAGGACUCCGCGCCGGCACGCCGGCGCAGGCGAGAUUCCACUCCCGGGUCCGGUAGCGAUGGACCCAGCGCCCCAACAAGCACCGACGCAAUGGUGAAGAAGAUGGUCCGACUAGCGUUAGCAAGCGAAUAUUCGCGCAUGGUAAUUCGCCGCCCAGAUAUCAGCGCCAAAGUGCUUGGUGAGCAAGGGACCGGGGAGUUCAAGCUCGUCUUCGAACAAGCGCAGCGCGAGCUGCGCUCAAAGUUCGGCAUGGAAAUGACUGAGUUACCGGCGCGAGAGAAAGCCACGGUUGCGCAACGACGUGCGGCCCAGAAAACCGAGAAGCCAUCAUCCACUAAAUCCUGGAUCGUGACUUCUACAGUUCCACCAGCAUAUCGUACCCCAUCCAUUCUCGCCCCAACAAAGACACCAUCUCUUUUCGCGGAAAGCGCAUACACGGGCAUCUAUACAUUCAUCAUUGCGCUUAUCACCUUGAAUGGUGGAUCGCUUGCUGAGCAGAAACUCGAUCGAUACCUUGCGCGCACAAAUGCGGAGAUUUCCACGCCUCUAGAACGUACAGAUAAACUACUGCAGCGGCUAUGCAAGGAGGGAUAUCUUGUCAAGACGCGGGAGAUGGAUGGCGGCGAGGAGAUCAUCGAAUAUAUCCUCGGUCCGCGAGGCAAGGUCGAGGUUGGGACUGGUGCCGUUGCUGGGAUGGUGCGGACCGUUUAUGGAAAGGAAGUGCCUCCUAACUCAGGCAUGUCGGAGUUUGAAAGGAGCGAGAUCGCAGACUUUGAGGGAAGACUUGCCAGAAGUCUGGGUAUCCAGCCCAGGGAGGUUGAGGAGCCGUCAAGUCAAUACAUAAGCAAUGGCCAUGUGAAUGAAGAAGCACCAGUGAGUGCAGCAAAUGUGUCGCCUCCUUCGGCGAGGAGACGCCCCGCCCCCGCCCGGCCUGCUAGCGAGGAUGAAGAAUCCGAACAAUCUGAGGGGGGAUCCGAGCAGUCUGGGGAUGAGGAAUCCGACGGAUAUGCAGAGGAGAGCGAUUAA